AUGUCAGAAGAAGAUUCCCCAGCCAUUAUAAAUCCAGACCAAAGAUUCAAAGCUAGCGUGGAAAAUGAUUUAGAAACUUCACCAAUUUUUAGUUGGUGUUCUCAUCAAAUGGUUAAAUUUGUAUUAUCUAAUUUGGAAUCUACUAUAUAUAGUCGAAAUAAAUUAGUUACACAGGUUAAAAAAUUGCAAGCUGAAUAUUUCAAUGACAAUGACGACACAAACAACAAUAAUAAUGUCCUUUCGUCUACUGUGUUGAAAUUUGAUAGGAUCCAUUUUGCAAUGGAAAUUAUAUUAAAAAGCAAGUUUGGAUUAACGCUACACAGGAUGGGAAAUACAAAAAAGGGUGGUAGUAACAGUAGUAGCAGUUAUAUUUUAUUGAAAUUAAAUUGUUCAAGUUUCUUAUUGACAGAUAUACUUUUGAAUAGGUCUAUAAAAGAGUAUAGAGCAAAUAUCACUAGUACCUAUUCUGAUACUGGGGAUAGAAGUGGUAAUGAUUCGUUUACGAGAAUGAGUGGCAAUAAUACGGAUUUAGUACUGAAUGGCAUAUUAAGUUGCGUUUUAGUUAUUAUAAUAAUGAAAAAAAAUUCCAUACUACAUGAGGAAUUGUUGACGCAAUUAGAAAAGUUUGGUAUAAGUAGCGAAAAGAAACAAACACAACUCUAUGGGUACAUUGAUUUUGAGAUUGAAGAAUUUUUGAAAAAUCUCAUCAAACUGGAUUAUAUAGAACGAAUUGAUGCUGGUAGUAAUAAGGAAAAUAAGGGAGGAAGUGGUUAUAACAGCGGAGAUACAAACAUACAGUAUCGGAUUGGGCGCAGAACAUUUUAUGAAUUUAGUCAAGAACACUUUAUAAUAUUUUUAAAGAGGAUAUUAAGGUUAAGUGACGAUGAUGGUGAUAUUGUUAAGCAGUUGAGUGAUAACAUUGAAUUAAUUGUGGGAGAUACGUAUGCUGAUGGUGGUGAUGACAAUGGCAGCGGGGGAUUAGAUGGUAGUGUUUUGUAG